AUGAAUAACAGUUUUCUGGUUGAAGUUUUAGCCCAUAUUUUAUUCAGCUUCACACGCGGCGUGACAGAGCAUUACGACACUGAUGAGCCUGAAGUGGAGAUCUUUGGAUAUGACGAUAGCUUAAGCAGUGAGGGUCGAGAGUGGAAUUGUCAGCCCGUUGAUAAACCUAUUUAUCAGGAAUAUUCACCGCCAUCGGACAACGAUUAUUAUUUCUUGUCAGUAGGGAACUCUCGAGUUAGAUAUCGGAUCAUCAAUGCAAGCUCACCAGAGGAGAGUGAAGACGAACAGGAAGAUGAAGAUGAUGAAAUGGCUUGGAAGCGAUUCAGACCAUCCGUUCUUCGCACAGUUUGUCAAUCAAUGUACAUCGGCGCAUUGAUUUCACUUCUAACCGCUGUUAUCCUCGGCCUUUUUUAUAUCAUGAUCUCUUACUUCUCAUCCGAACCGAUGCGGCACUGGAAAUUUCACCCGAAGGAGAGAAUCUCAGUUAAAAUACAGUGGAUCAGAACAUUGUUAUACAUAAUACGUGUUACCUCUUAUUAUAUGUGGUUCUUUGUAGGAAUGCUUUUCCUUUUUCGACCGUAUCAGUUAAAGGGUGUGAAAAGAAAACUCUUUCUUGCUGCUUUUUUCCUUUUCUGUGUGGAUGCAGUGUAUCGUGUUGUCCUUGGAGCCCUUGGAAUAUUUCAUACUUCUAUGAUUCAGAGGAUUCCUCUCAACGUUUUAUUUCUAAUGAGCAUAUGUUGGCAAGUUCAUCUUCUAACAAAUCACUUCCGGAACCUGUCGAGUAGAACGAGUUUAUUUAUAAAAUUGACAACACCCUACUUCUUCACUGUCUCUACUGGCUUCAUUAUAAAAUCGUUUAUUUAUCCAAUGUACCAAAAGCAAACUGAACAUGGUAAACUCCUCAUUGCACUCUUCUCACCUCUCCUUGCAGUUAUCUUUAAGGUAAUCUUAAGACUUUGCGCUCAGCGCAUGACGAGAAUUAUUCAUCCAGGAUACUCGUACACCUUGCUAGUGCCGUUUUAUUUUGGAUCAGCGAUCAUGUUCCGAGUAAUGCAGGCAGAACUUCAUAACCUCACAUUCAUCGCUGUUCUUGGAAUAAUACACGGCGCGGUAGAAGUUCUAGAACGAAGCACCAUGGUCUUUAUUGAUCAUAUUUGUCAUGUGAUCUUAAAAAGAAGAUCAGCUCCUUGGGGAAGUUUACGCACUCCUCGCCGUGAGAGAUUAAUGGCUGAUAUUGCCAUUUUAAGCAUGUUAUGUGAGUCAACUGCUAUUGUGUCUGUUAAUGGCGUCUUGUAUUUGUAUCAGUUCACUUACUUAAAAAACAUUCUAAUUUUAAAGCUGCUUCAGGAAUUUGUUGUUCAUACCUCAGUUGCGCUGGUGAUUGAAUGGUUUUUCACCGGCGUAUCCUUGGCCAUCGAGACUCGCUUUCAGAAUAUCGCAGUCAUGGCUGUCUGGCGCAGAAGAUGGAAAAAACACAUUUUUGUUGCAGGGGCAAAUCUGGUUCCAUUGGCUUCCUGGACUACAUUAACUCUCUUGAAAGUUGUGCAAGGGCGCUUUGGUGAAUGA